AUGUCAUUACUUCCGCCUACUAUCAGACGUACAUGGUGUAGACUGAGCUAUGCUAUGCGUUGUUUGUCAUCUUUCCAGCCAGAUUACAACUAUGGAUUAUCUGGCAAGGGAAAAUCAAGGUCAAGUUUACCAGCAUCCUCGGCCCCACAAGUUCAAGGAGAGGUCCUGUUUGGCCUUCACCCGAUAGCAUUGGCCUUACAGGCAAACAAGAGAAAAGCCUUUCAUUGUGUUUAUCUAGAUCAGAAAUUUGAAUCUGCAGAAAACAGAAAUUCAGUCAUAGACCAGAUUUGUGAGCUGGCAUCCCAGCGUAAUCUUCCCGUGCAUUUUGUGGCCAGAAAUCUCUUGGACCAUUUGUCUGGAAGCAGACCUCAUCAGGGAGUGUGCUUAGAAGUGGAAGAGCUGCAGGUGCCAGAGUGGAAUACUUCUGAUGUGCUGAUGAGGUCUACCAGCUUGCCACUUUGGCUGCUGCUGCAUAAUGUGCAGGAUCCGAUGAACUUUGGUGCUAUCCUCAGGACAGCUCACUACCUGGGAGUGGACCAAGUUGUGGUGCCUAGCUCAGACAG